ACCCAGGGGCAAAGUGCGGGGCGAGGGCUGUGCACAGGCAGAGGCACCAUGGGUCCGUGCGGUGUAGCUGUGCUGCUGAGUGCAGCUCUCCUGCUGCUAGCCCCCGAAGGCACCCAGGCUCUUGGCGGUCUCAGACGGGACGUGGAUGUGGAGCAGAAUCUGGCAAAGGAGAUCAUCCAGGCCCCACAGGAGGCAGAGGAAGCCAAGCUUGCUAAGGACACUGCCUCACGGCCUCUGUUCCCUCCAGACCCUGCUCAGGUCCAGGUGGGGCCAGAGCAGGACCGCGACCAUCUCUACCACCCUUCAGACAAGGUUGAGGUGGAGCCUGAGCUCCAGUCCCGCAGAGAGCGCCUGGUUCUGUCUGCAGAAGUGGAAAAUGGCCCCUCGGAGGACCGUGACCACCUCUACCACAGCUGAGUGAGGCUGCAGCCCUACCCUCCCCAUGGGCCUCCAAUAAACCUCUCCUUGUUGAGCA